AUGAAUUUCUUAUUUAUUUUAUUAAAUUUGAUAAAUUGUUAUAGAAUUAAUGAGAUGAUUAAUUUAAAGUAUAAAAUUAAAGAAUUACACUCAAAAACCGACUGUAAAACAUUUUAUGAGCUUUUGGGAAUAUCUGAAUUAUCUUCUAGCGAGAAAAUAUAUAAGAGUUAUAAAUCACUACUAAAAACACCCAGUCCUUAUCCAUCUCUUACCAAUAAAGAAUAUAGAGAUUUAGUUAUAACAGCUUAUAAAAUCCUUAAAAAUGAUAAAGUUAAGUAUGAUAUGCUUUUAAAAGAUAAGAUUUAUUAUUUUGAUGAAUCUAUUGAAUUAACUAUCCCUAAAUUAGUUUGGGUUAUUUUUAGUGUUAUUUUGGUUAUUUUAACGGAUUUUAUUGUCUGUCUUAUUAGAUCAAUUAACAAUAAAAAUAAUAAAAAACAUCUUCCUGAAAUGGUAAUUAAAAAAAUAUUUAGAAAACUUAAAAUAGUUAAAUAA